AUGGCGGCUCCUGCUGUUUCUCUGGUCGCCCACUCGUCCACGCAAGCGGCUUUCGUAACCCGCGUCGUCGCGUGCCAAUCGAGAGCCACAAGCAGCCAUCAGCAAUUCCCUUCUCCUCCCCACGUAACUCGCGUCGCCGCUUCUUCGUUCACACGUGCGACGACGUUUCCAUCUCCUACCCAUCGCGACAUUCCGUGUGUCUCUCGCUCUCUGCGAUCGCGACGAAUUACAGGCUCGCCGUACGGACGCCGAGUAGCAGCGGCGAAUGCAGACACGACUAUUGUCGCUUCUGCUUCUGUCGGGGACGUGAACGAGUCGAUUAAAGACGCGGCUAAGGAGGGCGACGUGGCUGCGGUGAAGCAACUAUUGGCAGGCGGAGGUGUCGACAUUAAUUUACCUAGCCCUGAACGAUCUGGCUGGACAGCGUUGCACCUGGCAGCGUUCUACGAGCAUCCAGAGGUGGUCCAGGUGCUUCUCGCUGCCGGAGCUGACACUGACGCUCGGAACAGCACCGGGAAUACUCCGCUGCAGUUCGCGUGCAUAAAGGGCAACUUGGACGUUGCUCGCAUUCUAUUGGACGCCGGUGCUGACCUGUACGCCACCAGCGAUGACAAGGGGAAUGCCCUCGAGUAUGCUCAAGGUGCGCAUGCAAGUUGGGAUGGCGUUUGGUUUGCACUGAGGCCGAUGCCAGUGUUCGAGGUGCAAACCAAUAGCCACCUGUAUGCCACCCGCGAUGACAAGGGGAACGCACUCGAGUAUGCUCAAGGUAACCUGUACGGCACCAGUGGUGACAAGGGGAGUGCCCUCGAGUAUGCUCAAGGUGCGCACACGAGGUGGCUCUGGGGAUGCAUUUGGGGUGGCCUUGACGCUCAUGCCAGUGUUCGAGGUAACCUGUACGGCACCAGUGGUGACAAGGGGAGUGCCCUCGAGUAUGCUCAAGGUGCGCACACGAGGUGGCUCUGGGGUUGCAUUUGGGGUGGCCUUGACGCUGAUGCCAGUGUUCGAGGUAACCUGUACGGCACCAGUGGUGACAAGGGGAGUGCCCUCGAGUAUGCUCAAGGUGCGCACACGAGGUGGCUCUGGGGUUGCGUUUGGGGUGGCCUUGACGCUGAUGCCAGUGUUCGAGGUAACCUGUACGGCACCAGUGGUGACAAGGGGAGUGCCCUCGAUGUUCGAGGUAACCUGUACGGCACCAGUGGUGACAAGGGGAGUGCCCUCGAUGUUCGAGGUAACCUGUACGGCACCAGUGGUGACAAGGGGAGUGCCCUCGAGUAUUCUCAAGGUGCGCACACGAGGUGGCUCUGGGGUUGCAUUUGGGGUGGCCUUGACGCUGAUGCCAGUGUUCGAGGUAACCUGUACGGCACCAGUGGUGACAAGGGGAGUGCCCUCGAGUAUGCUCAAGGUGCGCACACGAGGUGGCUCUGGGGUUGCGUUUGGGGUGGCCUUGACGCUGAUGCCAGUGUUCGAGGUAACCUGUACGGCACCAGUGGUGACAAGGGGAGUGCCCUCGAGUAUGCUCAAGGUGCGCACUCGAGGUGGCACUGGUUUUGA